AUUAUCUGGAAAAAGGAAAAAAAAUAAUUAAAGUGUCCUAUUUUCAUGUAACACAUGUUACUCUAAAUAUCUGAAUAUAAAUUUCAAGGACAGUAUUCCUGCACAUAAAAUAGACAUCUGUACAGUCCCAGAGGAAUCAAUGAUGUAGCAUUUGUAAAUCUAGGAAAAACAAUGCCCUAAGAGCUGACAUUGGAAGUCCUACGCAAAUGUUCUUUUAUCUCAUUUUUGUCACCACAUCUGGACAGAAUUAUGGGCUGAUUAUUUUCUGCACUUACUCCACUUGUAUUUUGGAGAAGAUUUAAAUUUUCAAGUCUCACAAUGCAACAUCCUUCAGAGAUGUUAAGAUCUUGGCUUAGAAAGCUGCUGCAUGCAGCAGUUUUAAAGACACUCAUGUUUAAACUUCUACGAAUUUAACUGGACUCUGUACCAAAAUAAGAGACAGUUGAUAAAAUGACACCUUAACACUUUGAUACUGUAAACCCUUACAGAUAUACACCUUUAAAAUAUUAUCAUCCAGCAUCUGGCCAUGCUCUAUAUUUUAAAAUAGAACUGAAUACUUACAACAUUAUAAAAUAACCACCUCCUCUUUAAAGAAAUGCAACAGUAUUUGCAAAGACAAUCCUAAGAAUUAAUCUCUGAAUAUGAAAUUCAAGAAACACUGAAGGAUUCAAAUAGCAAUGUCAAUUCAACCCUUUCGGUUGCAAUCAGGAUAAUAUUUUUAAAACUUUAUAUGUAAAGUUUCUGUAUUUGUAACUAGCUUUUAACUUGCAGUUUUUGACAUUUCAGUUGUAAAAUCUGCAAUUACCAUACGUGCUUUCAGUUAAAAUAUAUAUAGUGUGACCAAGGACACAGCCUGUGACACAAGAAGAAGAAAUUCCAGCAGCUCCCUAGAUUGUCCUGCCCAUAAACUCACCUGUGUUAGGAAGGGACCAGGGCUCCCUUAGGCCCUCCCCUGCUCUCCAGGUGCAAAGUGUCACCAAUCAGCAAAGGCCUUAAAUGUGAGAGCAGGAGGGAGGCCCUGCCUCACACUGACUGCAGCUUUCAUAGAUGGAGACCCUGCUGCAAGAGCUUAGCUCAGCUUCCAAGCUCUUAACUGACUUUAGGGAGAUGUAUGAAUAUGAGAGCCGUUUAAAAACCUUCACCAAGUGGCCCUUCCAGGAAAACUGCAAGUGCACUCCAGAGAAUAUGGCAAAGGCUGGCUUCAUCCAUUGUUCAAGUGCAAAUGAACCCGAUGUGGCAAAAUGUUUCUUUUGCUUGUUAGAACUGGUGGGCUGGGAACCAAAUGAUGACCCAUGGGAGGAACACACCAAACGUCACACCUGUGACUUUUUAUCCCUUCCCAAGCACUUUGAUGAGCUGACAAUGGAGGAGUACUACAUGCUGGAGAUGACACGGCUGAGGACCUUCAUUUGCAAAGUUGGCAGCCGCACAAUAAAUUCUUUCCAAGAAGAAGUCGCGGCGACGAGGCAGAGGCUGGUGAAUUACUUUGGCUCCAGACCCUCGCUGCCGGCAGCGCUGCCUCCCGGGGAUGAGCCUUCAGCCCAGCAGCCAGGAGGCACAGCCACCGGGCAGGAGGAGCCCGGGGCAAGUGAGCUGUGACGUCUGACUCUGCAAGUCUCUUCCUUUGCUGCAAACAGUCCUCUCUGUCUGAGUGCCAAUCCAAAGCUGAACAGGUGCGUGAGGAAUUGUAUGUGGAGAACUACUGGAUCAGAGCUCUCACAGUGUGCUUUCUUGGUAUUGCUGUAGAGCAGUUCCACUACCCUGCUAGUGUAUGAAAAAUGUCUAAGCAAAUACUUCUAUUCUGAUUUUUAGCAAGCUGACUUUUUUUUGAAUAAAGAUUCACAACUGUGAGUA